CAACUGACAAUUUUAUUAUGACAUGCGAACUGUGCGAAAUACCGCGGUCUGCCUUGCUGUAGUUCGAUCUCCUGCCACUAGAGGUCAUGGUAUUACAUGUCAGAUGUCAGAUCCCAAAUCCCAAUAUGAAUGAUUUUUAUUAUUGCUCAUUAUUACCAGUGUUGGCAGUGAGAAACAUAUGGUUAUGUGUCGUCUAAUGUUGCUGUGACGAUCGAAGCGGUUAUAUCUCGCGAUUAAUUUGGAUUUCAUUCGACUACGGGACAAAGCUGGAAGCGAACAAGAUGGGUUUGCUUACGGAUCCUAGAGCUGGAACCGGCAAGCUCAUAAAAUUAUUGUUGAGAUGGGAGAAACGGUUGUGCUUCGUACUAUACGUGGGAGGAAUUAUAUGGUUAAUGCUCUUGGCGUCACCGGUAUUCAACGAUAAUACUUACUUCUCCGAGAAUGCCUUGCUGCCUGGAUUAGUUACGAAAGAGAGUAAUCUGGAACAAACAUCAAAGCAAUACUAUCAUGAACUUAUUCAUGAAAUGAAGAGAUAUCCGGAUAGUAUGCCUUAUGCAUGGCUUUCGGCAAAAUUCAGCCAGCUUCAUUUGGAUGUAUUUGUACAUAAUUUCUCCUUGAUUUAUCCAUUCCAAGAACAAAAGUUUAUAGGACAAAAUAUCUAUGGCAUCGUUAGAGCUCCACGGGCAUCCAGUACCGAAGCUAUUGUAGUCAGCGUACCAUAUAGGCCUAUUAACAGUAUUUAUUUAGACACUGCACCUUCGGUAGCGCUGUUACUUGCGUUUGCAAAAUUUUGCAGAAAACAAAAGUAUUGGGCGAAAGAUAUAAUAUUUCUUGUAACAGAACAUGAGCAGUUGGGUAUGCAGGCAUGGCUAGAUGCAUAUCAUGGAGUUACUAGUGGGCAAGAGGGUAUCUUAAUAGCAGGAGACUUAUCGGGAAGAGCUGGAUCUAUUCAGGCUGCUAUCAAUUUGGAAUUUCACACAAUGAAAGUUACAUCGAUCGAUGUCAAGAUAGAAGGAUUGAAUGGGCAACUACCCAAUCUAGAUCUAUUUAAUUUAGCACAAAAUAUGAUAGCCAAGGAAGGAAUUCGACAGUCUUUCCAACGUCGAUUUGAUGUUAAUUAUAGAGAUAAAUUAAAAAGUUGGGGAUAUUAUUUUAAUACAUUAAUGAGUAUGGUAGUAACACAAGCCACUGGGAUUCCGACUGGCAAUCAUGGACUUUUCCACAGAUUUGGCAUAGAAGCUAUUACAUUAGAAGGUUUCCAAAAAUCUGGUAGAGAGACGGAAGCAAAUUUCUAUCAAGUAGGACGCGUAGUGGAAAGUAUAGUGCGAUCACUCAAUAAUUUAUUAGAACGUUUUCAUCAAUCAUACUUCUUCUAUCUAUUGCCUUCUACCGAUCGAUAUAUUUCUAUUGGGUUAUAUAUGCGGCCUUUGGUGCUAAUAAUCGCUGGUGUAUUUAUAAAGGCAUUCUCUAUUUGGCAAAGAUUGCAAACAUCAAGCAAUUCAAAUGAUACGAGAAAUGAGCGAAAUUCGUUGAACAAGAUUGAAGAAUUUGAUAUCGGAGGCGUCGCUUCCGAAGUAUUGUGGGCACACAUAUUUGGAGUAUUAAUAAUGGCUUCUCCUCGAUUUUUCGCUUUAAUCGGAUCACAAAUGUUCCAUCUACGUACAGAAGAUUCUUUAUAUGCCAGUUUUGCCCUUAUCACCAUUCUCACAUUGUUGCAGCGCUUUUAUUUGAGAAGGUCGAUCAAAUACGAGAAUAUAUCGCUUGUUUGCGUUAUCGCGUCGAUCGAACUAGCAACUGCGUUAAUGUGCAUAGCUAUGCAUAAUUUCUCAUUAGCAUUAUUGACAGCCAUUGUGUAUGUACCGGUUAUAUUAUUAAUAACACCGCAUAACAAUUCUGUAUCCAGUAGAUUACGCAGCUGUCAAUACAUCGCAUGGAUCAUACUACAUCCAUUCAUCGCGUCGGCGAUCGUUGUGAUGGGCUAUACGUAUCUCAAUUUUUCUACCGAUUCUGUUGGAUCUCUGCUUCUUAGAGGCUAUCGCGCUAAUAAGCAAGCGCUCGUGUUCAGUAUUGUAGACUCCAUGAUAUACGGUAACUGGUUCUACAACGUUACUACCGCUGUUAUGUUACCGAUAUGGUUGUUGUUUUGGAAUGUUAUGCGUUCCAGCGUCGCGAUACCCUUACAAUAAAACGAUUGCAUAACUUACAGUUGAAUUUCCAUCAAUAUUUUUCUUUGAUCUUGGGAACGAUUUAUUUCAAUGAAAAACUAUUACUACAAACAUUUUAUUGCUCAUCAAUGAGAACCUGAAGAAAGUUGCUUUCGAUACCUUUCCAAUAAGCAAAAUGGAAAAAGCACGCUUCGAAAAGAGAUUAUUCUCUCAUGAGAUUACAUAUUCAUCAGUAAGACGUCAGUCAGUAGAUAUAGAGUAUCUUUUGAUAACCCUCGUGGCACUCUUAUUACACUGAUUUGCUUGACUAGUUUAGAGCGUGCAGCGACACCGAACGGAUGUGAUUAUUCUAUUACGUUAAGCAUCGACGUAUUUCACGGAAACGGAGAGAAUGUAACGGUGCGUAUGGUCUUUUACAUAAAAUAUUCAACACUGUGAGUUGUGCUGGCAUAUAUUCCGACAUUCGCGUUAUGUAUUAUUCAAUAGUGGAUGAUCCUUAAUAGUAUACAUUGCGUCUUCCUUUCUUAUUUGCUUGUGACACUCAAGUGUUGCAACAAGUGCCAUUGGAUGCAAUCAUGACCUCCAUGAACUUUUCAUGUAUAUUUCACUUUCGUUCUAUGAAAGUAAUAAUAACUUUUUAGCUCAAGUUUUUCUAAUGAUUUUAUUAUUCAGUAGUUCUUAGAAAUUUGUAUUGCUUGCAAUUUUAUGAUAUAGACGUAUAUACAUUUGUAACUUGUUAUAUAAAAAUUAUAUAUAUUGCGUUCUCUGUCUCUCCUAAUAACUGUUUUACAUUCUGUGUAAUCCACCGACUGCGUUUUAAAAAUAUACAAACGUUCAAUAAUA